AUGGCGACGCAGACGGCCAUUGAGUUGGAAACACCACAGCCCGUGACCGUUCACGAGGUCACUUCACCAGUCGUUAGAGAUGGCCACUCGCAAGUACAGGAGCCGAACCGAAUAGAGAACCCCGCCUUCUCAAAAGCCCGGACUGUAAUCGUCGUGAUUCACCUCCUAGGAUUGUCUCUAUUCAGCAGCUUUAGCAACGGGAUCAUCGUGGUAGGUCUCCCGGCUAUCACCGAAACACUGAAACUAAGCGAGGCUCUCUUGCUCUGGCCUGCUUCCGUGUUCUAUCUCACUGCGGGAUCGACACUCCUCUUGGCCGGAUCGGUAGCCGACGCUGCGGGCCCGAAAUCCGUCAAUAUGGCGGGCGCUGCGCUAGGCGCUGCGUUUACGCUAGGCUGCGGCCUGGCACAGAGCGGAGGCGAGCUGAUUGCUUUUCGCGCCCUGCAAGGCAUAGCGAAUGCCAUUAUCGUGCCGUCGUCAAUCUCUAUCAUCUCGACGAACGUGAAGGAUGGUCGGCCACGGAACCUAGGUUUUGCAUGUCUGGGCCUUGCUGCUCCGGUUGGUUUCUCGCUUGGACUGGUACUAGGAGGCGUGUUCAUCGACGGCAUUGGUUGGCGGCCGGCGUUUUACUUCGUCGGGACAUCCACCGGUGCCUUAUUCCUCGGUGGGUUUUGGGCGUUACCGCGGGACCGUCCUCGAUCUGCGCAUUCCAUUUGGACGCGGCUCGUUACUGAGAUUGAUUGGAUUGGCGCGGUAGUGGCUACUACGGGACUUGCAACGUUCUCGUAUAUCUUUGCGAUGUUAUCGGCUGAUAUCAGCAACAUUCACAACGCAUCGAGCAUAUCUCUUCUGACCAUCAGCAUCACAACAAUCCCAGCUUUCAUCGGAUGGAUGCACUACAGGGCAAAACGAAACCGUACGGCGCUGAUGCCGAAUACACUUUGGAAAAGCCUCGUCUUCACUAGUAGCUGCAUCAUGGUCCUAUUUGCUACCUCUGUCACCAAUUGCAUGGAACUAUACAGCAGUUUGUUUUUUCAGGAGGUUCAGAGCACCUCGGCGCUUGGAGCAUCGCUGAGAAUUCUCCCCUCUCUCAUCGCAGGCGCCCUUAUCAAUCUUUUCACCGGCCUUUUUGUGAACCGGAUUCCGGUCAUGUGGUCUGUUCUGGCGACGGCGGUGUUGAGCGCAGUAGCGCCACUUCUCAUGGCUGUUAUCGGCCCUGCCCAGUCGUAUUGGCACGGCGCUCUCUUCGCACAGAUUCUUGCUCCACUGAGCUGCGAUGUUCUUUUCACCGUUGGGCUGCUCGUCAUCUCGGACGUGUUCCCACCACACAUGCAGGCCCUGAGCGGUGCCGUGUUCAACACAUGCGCUCAACUCGGUACUGCGAUUGGCUUGAGCGUCACGUCCAUCAUUUCAAGGGCCAUCGCUCAUGGUUCUGGUUACGCAGAUGUCGAUUCACCGGGGGCCUUGUUGGCGGGCUAUAGAGCUGUCUUUUGGACCUUGUUUGCUUGGAUGAUCCUCGUCGCUCUUGUCACCGUACCUGGCUUGUGGAAAGUCGGGCAUGUUGGCCUGAAGCGAGAUUAAUGGGCUGCUUCUCGGAGGAGGGAAGCAGGGCUGACGAUGUCACAGUAGAGGCGCGUUCAUGAAAAUUGGAGUACUCUAUUUGUUGCGACAAGGCGAGGCAGCCGGGGAGCAUUGAAUCACCAGACACGACCCAGAUCUAUUCGUAGUUGGAUUGAAUGUAAUUAUUCGUAGGC